UUCCUUUUCUUCAGGUACCUGCACUGCACGAGGUCAGUGAUCUAUUUUCGGGAGAUUGACUCCGUCAUCAUUGACCCCCAGUUCCUUGUGGACUUCUUCAGCCUUCUGAUUACUGAUAACCAGUUCCUCCCAAUGGAUGACCUCAAGCUGUUCCGAGAUUUAGAAUUGUACAGUAAGGAGGGCGCGGUGACACCGGCAUUGCUUGAUAGUCUGCUCAGUCGAGAAAAAACUAAAGCCUUUCUUCCUCAUAAGUCUAAUCUUCUGACUUUGAUGGAAAAAUUUGGUCUGAUAGUAAGGAUGCCUCUUUCGGAACGUACCACAGAAAACGCACGUUUCAGUGAAACGUAUACCGUCCCCAACAAACUUGUAGAGCUGCCAAACAUCAGUAGCAUUUACAGCCUAUGUAAAGGAUCUUGCUGUAUCGACAACGCUGUGCUUCUUUUUCAAGGAUGUCUUUGUACCAGAGGAGCUGUUUUGUAGGGUCUUCGCCACGAUCAUGAGGACAUUUAAAACACCGUCACUAUCAAAACAGAGCACGAAAGAAAAACAUAAAGGAAAAGCUGUGCCAGCAAAAGAGAAGACCUGUCUUUUCAGAGGGUUUGGCUGCUUCGAAAUCAACGAUUUCUACAGCAUGAUUUUGUCAAUGCACUGGGAGCGGUCAACGAUUGCGGUGACAUUGUUCAGUCCCACACAACAGGAACUCCCGCCAAGCUCUGGAUGCCAUGUCAGAGAACGUCUGGAACAGAUUUUACAGGAGACGCUAAAGAUGAGUUGCCAGCAACAUUUCCAGUACACGUACAAACUGCAUUGUAACUAUCACCUGAAUCCAUACGACACCCCGUUAGACCCGGGCAGUGUCAUCUAUGCAAAGGAAGGUUUGCCCUGUAAAGGAGAGGAAUGUCUGGGAAAACAUAGACUGACAAAGUCCGACCUACUAUUCUGGGGAAUAACACAGGCUUGUACAACAACCCAACAACUGGCACUCGAUGAGGGCGAAGCUCUCCUUGACCGAAGGCCAACGCCAAGGGAACUCGGUCGACUGUCGUAUGUGGUCGAGGCACCCAAAUGUGCCUUACUCUUCGUGGAGCUUGGCCUUUCAAUGCCAGAUAUCUCAAACAUAGAGCAUGAAGCAAGGAACCUAGGAGUGGAAACUCAGAUUACAAGGAUGUUCUUGAUGUGGACAUGUUCCUACCCCAAUCACACGUUUCGUCACAUCGAAAAUGCCAUGAAGAAAGUUGAAAUGAAUUGGAACAGUCUUGACAUGGUCCUUGAGAAAGGCUGGGAAAGUGUAACCUUAGAUGACAUGGAAGCUGUUGAAGAGCUCAAUCGACCACUAGCGGUCAGUGAAACAACAGGUAUUUUAAGCAAUAUUGGCAAGAAGUACUUCAACUUGUUUCUAGAGCUUGGACUUUCCGUCACCGCUAUAGAACAUUGUGAAAUAGAUCACCCUACUGCUGAAGGAAGGUUAUUGGCUCUCAUCAAGCUUUGGAUCAACACUUUCCAGGAUCGGGCGACCAUUAUCAGGGUUCUGAAGGCAAUGAAAGUGUGUAAAAUGAACUGGCAUGAUACUGCGUUUAUAUAUCUUGGUGACGACCAUGCAGCGAAAGCAGGAAAAGGCGCUGUACCGGAUUACAACACGGAUGGACCGGUAUAGAAGACUCCACAGUAUGACUAACUUUGUGCGCGAGACACAAGUCAAUUGAGGAAAAAAAAAACUUCCCACUUUUUCCUCAGUUUGUAUGAAAACGCGACUCUUUAACAUUUAUCUUCCGUUGUUUCUGGUGAAGUUGUCGUUUUUUUAUCUUUCAAGGCAACAUGAGACGUGCUUAUGUCAUGGUACGCUGAUCAAAAUCUACCCAAUGCCAGUUACAUAAUGUAAAAAUGGUUUAUUAGGCGCGUUUUAUAGUAUAACAGUAUAUACAGCAAUCGUGUAAACAAUGAGGGUUAUUUAUAUGUUUCUACGUAAACCAGCGAGAUGUAUUUGUGAGUCUGAUUUCAAUUAUGUACACAAGUUAGAUGCAUGUAUUAGCAUGACGGCAGUCGUGUACACCAAUGAGAUGUAUGCAUAAGUCUGUCGUCAAUCUGGUACACAAUAACGUAUCUAUACAUGUAGGUAUGCCGUCAAUCUAAGAUGUAUUUAUAGGUAUGACGUCAAGCAUGUACACAAUGACAUGUAUUUAUAGGUAUGACGUCAAUCAUGUACACAAUGACAUGUAUUUAUAGGUAUGGCGUCAGUCAUGUACACACUGAGAUGUAUUUAUUGGUCUGACGUCAAUCAUGUACACAAUGAUAUGUAUUUAUAGGUAUGACGUCAAUCAUGUACACACUGAGAUGUAUCUAUAGGUCUGACGUCAAUCAUGUACACAAUGACAUGUAUUAUAGGUCUGACGUCAAUCAUGUACACAAUGAGAUGUAUUUAUAGGUCUGACGUCAACCAUGUACACAAUGAGAUGUAUAUAUAGGUCUGACGUCAAUCAUGUACACACUGAGAUGUAUUUAUAGGUCUGACGUCAAUCAUGUACACAAUGAUAUGUAUAUAUAGGUCUGACAUCAACCAUGUACACACUGAGAUGUAUUUAUAGGUAUGACGUCAAUCGUGUACACAAUGACAUGUAUUUAUAGGUCUGACGUCAAUCAUGUACCCACUGAGAUGUAUUUAUGGGACUAACGCCAAAUACUAACUGUAUGCAUCACCCAUUUGGAGGAGUGUACAAGUUCUGUUUCACAUCAUGGUUUUUGUGAAUCAACGUCUCAUUUUAUAAAUGUUGACACUUAAUGAAUGUUUACUGAUUAACCUAUAUACGAGAGCUGAUGGACAGAUACAUGUACGUUGUGAGCCUCGUAUUGAAGGAGGUACUCAAGGAUGUAGUUUUAUGCCCUACUAUUCUCUGACUAUAUAGGACCGAGUACCCAAGGACUGGUCUCUAUUGGUUAGUUUAUAUAGACGAGGAAGCAUUCUAUAGUAAACAAAGCAAGCGGCUUUUGCAAAAUGGACACACUCGGUUAAGAAUAGGGUGAAAGUCUGAUCAUUGCCAUCGUUGACAUUCACGAUUGUGGGUUUAAAUUGAUUGAGCAUCCGCCUUACUCACCUGAUCUUUCUCCAUCAGACUUUCAUAUAUUUCCAAAACUUAAAACAGCUUAUUCAGGCACCCUAAUCCUAACAUUUUGUGGAUGACUUUCCACACAGCCAAGAAGAGGAGUUGUAUUUAAGUGGAAUCGAGGCCCUUAAACACCGCUGGCAUAAGUGUGCAGAUAAUGAAGGUGAUUAUGUUGAAAAAUAUUACAACAUAUCAGGCAAAAUUCAAAUCCUUCAGUAUGAGGCUCACAACUUAUCAAUCAGCCCUCGUAAUUUCAUUCAUUUCAAUUUGUAAAAUAGUUUCUCGCGACUUGCAAAUGUAAUUAUUAUCCUAUAUACUAUGUUUAAGACUAAGGUUUCCGGUUCGAAUAUAUGUUUUUGUCGAUACAAUUAUUUUUGCACUGAUUUUUAUUUUCCAUUUACAUUGAAAUAUGACUGUAAUUAGUCUUACAUGUUUAGUAAUAACUUUCAGUUUGUGUAAAACAAAGUGACUUGGAUCACAGGGUACGAUGUAGCUGUUUGUAUAUACUACGUCCUCAUUGCCCAGCUGUCUAUUUAAACAGCUAUUUUUGUAAAUGGAAAGCAAAGAGAACGAUAUUUGUAGCUACCAAUGAAAUAGGUAUUGCUUCUCCCGAGAAAUAUUCUUUACCCUAUAUUAAUGUUUUAAUGGAGAGGUCCACUGACUUAAUAUCGUGAAGCAAUGUAACCAUUGGAAUCAUACAUUUGAUAGCGCUGGUAUUUUAGCCAAUUGUGGACAUCAUAACAUCAGCUAUGAGCCUUUAUCGGGCAUGCAUAAGUUAACACACCAAUCAUUCACACCUAGAUCGGAAAUGAAAGGAUGUGGCUAAUCUGCAAGUUAUCCAGAUGCUUUACCAUAUUUUAUGAAAUUCUAGAAGUCUUCCUACCUGCUUAUUUUCAGGAAUACACACACUCAGGUUUUGAAGUAAAGGAUAAAUGAGAUUUUCACUAAUCUAGUGAUAAAGCUAAUCACCUAACAACUGGGCCCAGUCUUGUAAUAUUAUUCCAAAUAUGAGACAUUUGUGGGGGCAUAUACUCUCCUCAGCCUACUCACUAGAACCUACCUAUCACACGAAGUAAUACGUACGCAUCAUAAUCUAGGCUACCUAUAUUGUGAUCCGGUGUAUCCAAUCCGUUACUUUUGUUUAAGUCUAUUUUGUUGUCUGUCUGUGUACCCGUAUUGUUCCAAUAUCACCGUACUUUGUCCAGUUUACAUACCCACUAUAUUUGUGCAACUGUUCCAUGUUCUACGUCUAUAUGUGAUCGUUUGUAACUUACCUGUGUCUUGAUAAAGGGGCAGAUUGCCUCGAAAAUUUGACAAUUUACUUGUCUGUACUGUCGUUGUUACGACUUGACAAUUAACGAUUAGAAUGAGAUAUAUAAUCAUAUGAUGUUGGUGUGUUUCUGUACACACGUUUUAUUUCGUCUGCGAGGAUAUAAUACAAUGUAUACAUAUAUAUAUACAAUUACCUAUUAUAUUGUGUAUAAAGCUUUUUCAUUGUGAUGUGUAGUGACUGAGAAAAGUCCGUUUAGAAUGUAUUCGAUAUUUUGAAACGCCCUGUUUAUAUGAGUGAAUAAGGUGAUUGUCAAGGCAUGUGGCUUGGGAUGGUUCCCUCAACAAUCUACAGCCCUCAUGUAUGGGAGGCUUACAUAAUGUUACAUCCUUAGCGUCAAUUAAAGUGUUUGAUACCAGAUGAUACAUUAUGUAGCUUGAUUUCACUUGUAAAUGUUCUUCUGUAUUUCUAUUAUUUGCACAACAUUUUUAAAAUUUCUAGAAGUGAGCCUGUACAAUUAUAUUGUUAACUUCAUACAUUUAUUACAUUUGUUUUUACCUUUCAAUGCUGUCAAACAUAACAUGAUAUGUCAACGAGGUCAUCGCAUUAAUGGCUUAGUUAUAUUCAACAUUUAUCGAGGACAAAUGACAGAUACACGAUCAUCUCGCAUAAUACCGGUGAUACAGACUGCACUGACAACAAAUAAUUCUAAGAUAUGCGCGUUGAAUUGGUACAUAGUAGUAUAUAUUUAGUUUUACCUUAGACUUGACACUGUCAAUACGUUUGAACUUAUCACAUGGAGUCAAGUUAUCAAAUACAUGAUUAACGAGAGGUUAUUAUUCAACCCUCGCCGAGGUACGCACAAUGAAAAUAACAUUUCUAUAGCGCUUACAUUUGACUUUGAGACCGAUUGACCAUGUGACCUUACAUAUACACCACAUGACAUUUACAUUUGCCUUUUUGACAUUUGACCUGGUGACCUUCCGCCACUUAACUUACGUUUAUCAGUUUUACCUUCUAUAAAGUUACAUUUACAUAUGACCUAUGUGACAUUAACCUGCUGACCUUACGCCUGUGUCAUUUAACAGACAGGUUUACGUUUUACAACGUUACUCAUUUACAUAUUAACUUAAUGACAUUUGACCUGGUGACCUUUCGCCUUUGACUUUCAGGUUUACGUUCUACAACGUUAUAAAUUUGCAUAAAAUGUAUCAGACGACUGCGUUUUCGCCUAAAUGAUAUUCCACUGUAAUUUGUGACCUGUUAAUUUUGACCUCUACCGGAUAUUGGAAUUCUGAAUCAUUGUUUUGAAAAUUGCUACUGAAACUAAGAAAUGCUUUACCCGUAUGACCUUGGGGGAAUAUGUUUUAAAUUUCAUGAAGACAAUCAUGACUUUAAAAUUAUUAUUUGAAGCAUGCCAGGUUUUGUUUGAAGUUUGAUUUGUUUUGUACACUUCCAUUGUAUAUUCUAGAAGAAAAGUGAAGUUUGUCAUCACUUCUACCUUGAUGAGACGUAUACAGAAUAUAUAUAAAACUAUAAAACUAAUAAGAGAAACGCUGUCAUUGAAUUGAUUAACCAAAUAAAACAGUAUCUGUAUAAAAGA